AUGAAGAAGUUUCGGAAGGUACUGGACGGUCUGACUACGUCCUCCCCGGUGAGCGGUGGUGGUGGUGGUGGUAGUGGCGGGACCAUGGGGUCUCCAUCGUGUGGCAGCGCAGCGGGGACCCCCACAGCUGCGCCCACUCCCAAGGAUAUCGACGUGCAGGAGACCCUCGUGUCGGAAAACUUUCAGAUAUGUAAGCUCGAGGAAGAGGAGGGAGGAUGGGGGGAGGAAGAGGAGGGGGGGAGUGCACCGUAA